CAAGCAAUAGAGUUGCAAUGGAUUUUAAAUAAACACUUCCCUCCUCCCCCCAUCAUUGCCAGGCUGCUGAGAAGCACGCAGGAGGCACCUCACCAACUGCUACUGAAACGCACACACAUAGCUAUCUUGCCUGCUUUCUGAGUCUACUGCUUCUUUCAUCCCAUGAGUGAGGGCUGGAGUACACAAGAAGCUGGCUGCAGUCAGAGGAUAGAAUUGGUAUCUUUAUGACCAAUUCUUUCCCCAUGGAUUUGAAGGACAGCACUAGUGAGGGAAGUCUAGGGAGCCUUCAGCCUUCCAGCCUCCAGAUUUUUGCUAACACCUCAACCCUACAUGGAAUCCGCCAUAUCUUUGUUUAUGGACCUAUGACUGUGCGGCGGGCUUUAUGGGCUCUAGCGUUUGUAGCUUCCCUGGGCCUCCUCUUGGUAGAGAGCUCUGAGCGAGUGAUUUACUACUUUUCUUAUCAGCAUAUUACCAAGGUGGAUGGGCUGGUUGCUAACAGCUUGGUCUUUCCAGCUGUCACCAUCUGCAACUUUAAUGGGUUCCGCUUCUCCCGUCUUACCACCAAUGAUCUGUACCAUGCUGGUGACCUUCUAGCUUUGCUGGAUGUGAAUUUACAAAUCCUUCAUCCCCAUCUUGCUGACCCAACAGUCCUAGCCAUAUUGCAAGAGAAAACUAACUUCCAGCACCAUCGAGCCAAGGUCUUCAGCAUGAGUGAGUUCCUAGGGCGUGUAGGCCAUGACAUGAAGGAGAUGCUGUUGUACUGCAAGUUCCGGGGGCAGGAGUGCAGCCACAAGAAUUUUACAACUGUGAGUACAAGGAACAGAUUUACUUUCUUAUUACCUUAAUAAUGGUUACAGUUACAAUGGGAUGUACCUAGAAUUGAUAAUUAUAUUUAUCCUGGAUUCUCUUGGUGAGAUAGCAGUUUUGAACUGAAGUAUGCUUGGUAUCCUUGUGGCAAAUUUGGGAGAUUUAAAAUGGGAAGUCGAUUCAAAUUAAGGAAUUAAGGACUGUUUCCUGGGAGAUUUUAACUAGCUCUAGUUAUUGACCUGUUCAGACCCUUGAUGAAAGGAACGACAAUAUUCAAUUACACUUUGAUUUCCUCAAGGAAACUAGCUUAUUUUGCUGUUGAAUGAUGAUUGGCAGCAAAGCAGUAUUCAAAUAAUACAGUAAAUUCUGGCUGAUAUAGUUAAUGUAUACCCCACUGGUUGACAAUGACUUACAACUUAGAUCCUUUUAUUCCUUUCUCUCUUGGUAACAAUUAUUUCCCAUUUCAUAUGAAGUUUUUUCCAGAUCCCUGCACAAGAUUCUGUAAUUGGAUAGCUUGGGACAAUGUUUCUUGAUAGUAAUUUAGUGUUGGUGACCUACCUCUGAUUUGUGGUUUAGAAGAAGUGUAGAGUUUUAUGAGCAUUAGGGAGUGAAAUAUGGAACCUGUUCCAUGCUGAAUAUACUCACUUAUUCUAUUUCAUUUCUUCUAAAUGUUGAGUAAUGGGCAACAAGAUGAAGAUGUAGAUGGUAGGAUUUGUAUUGUUUCAAUUCUCAUUGACCAUAUGCAUUCAUCAUUUCAUAAUUGCAGCAUCAAUUGUUGAUUUUCAAAUGUGUGAAUGGAGUAUGAGAAUAAAUAUAAAAUAUUAAUAUCUUGAUUACUACAACAUAGUAAAUACAAUAUUUUUCAGUUGACUUGCUUCAUACAUCAUCCCCAGCAAAUCUCCAAGUAAUGGUGGAACUAGAUAAUGCAUAAACAUAGAAAUUAAGUAGAUCUAGGCCUGGAACUAAAAAGGAAGUGACUUGUUUCAUAGCUAUGGCUAGUUGCCAUUAAAGAUGAGGAUCAAGAUCAGAAAAACAAGAUGAUUAUUUUUUAGGUGACAAAAAAAAGAAAAAAGAAAAAAGAAGAAGAAAGGAACUCUUUACCCACUUUAUAUCAUCCAAAUUUCCAAACUGGUUCUUGAAGUCCCAACACAUACAAAGGGCACUAGAUUAGAGAAAUGUUUUCUAUACUAAUUAUUUUGUCCACUGGCUUUCUUGGAAAAGUUAAAUAAGCGAAGGUGAUGGGCAGUGAAUGUUGCAAUAAACUUUAAUUUCUUUUUUGCUCAAACUCAUGUAACAGUCACCAAGAGUUGAAAAAAAUGUAGUAAAUUUCUUUAUUCACCAAUCCCUUGUUUUCAUGGCAGGGGUCAGAUUAAGACAUUGGACAGAAAGAAAGUAGUUUUUCCUAGAGAAAGCUUUGACUUAAUUACAUCAUACAUUAAGGGGACGUUAGUGGUUUGGGCCUUAAUUAAUAACA